AUGACCGACGCCCAACCCGAGAUGAAGAUUGAUCCCUCGAGAGCAAAGGCUCUGGUUUCGCAGCUUCAGUCUGUCCAGGAGCGCGUGACCGCCGUCGCUGCGGGGCGAAAUGUUCGGUUAGUGGCAGUCUCAAAGCUGAAGCCAGCCAACGAUAUCCUGGCGCUGCACCAGCAGACCACACCGCCGCAGGUGCAUUUCGGCGAGAACUACGCCCAGGAGCUGGGCCAGAAGGCGGAGAUGCUGCCCAGGAGUAUUCAGUGGCACUUUAUCGGUGGUUUGCAGUCAACACAUGCAAAGAAGCUGGCCAAGAUCCCGAAUCUCUUCUGCGUCUCCAGCGUAGAUACCCUUAAAAAGGUCCAGCUCCUCAACGCCUCGCGCGCGGAGCUCAUCUCCUCGUCAUCAGGCGACAGCAGCCCCGUGGAGCCGCUCGGCGUGCACGUGCAGGUCAACACCUCGGGCGAGGAGUCCAAGUCCGGCGCCGAGCCGGGCCCGGAUACGGUCGCGCUCUGCCGCGCCGUCGAGGAGGAGUCGCCCGCGCUCAAGCUGCUCGGCCUGAUGACCAUUGGCGCCAUCGCGCGGAGCAAGGCGACGACGCCCGAGAACGAGAACGAGGACUUUGUGUGCCUCAAGGAGCAGCGGGAUCUGGUUGUCAAGGAGCUGGGCUUGCAGAGGGAGCUGGAGCUGAGUAUGGGUAUGAGUGAGGACUUUGAGGGCGCGGUGAAGUUGGGUAGUGGGGAGGUUCGGGUGGGAAGCACGAUUUUUGGAGAGAGGGGGCCUAAGAGUGAGGCUAAGAUUUUGGUCUAG